CAUUUGACUGAUUCCUCUUUCGAUUGUUGAGAGUGUGACUGUGGGGGGACCUUACCGAGGCAAAAACAUGAAGCAAGAACAUGGGUGACUGAGCAUACCAUUUAUAAACUUCAACUACAGCAGAUAAAGAAGGAGAUAAUUGUUUGCGAUUGUCGAAAGUGUGGUCCAGUUAUGAUAUAACUUCAUGGGGGAAGAAAGAGAUCGCUAUCAUACUUAUGACUUCAUAUUGAAUCACAGAUAUUUGAGGUAGAUUACACAGCUAAUAGAUGCAAACAAUACAAGCAUUCGCUUUGUGCUACUUAUUGCUUUUACAAUAACAAACUAAAUUUUUAAUAGCUGCUUUACCGAGAGCCAUUAAGAGAAGAACCAAAGAAAUUUGAAACUGUAUCUCUGUUUUGACAAAAAAAUAUGUAUAUCUGUCAAGAUCUAAUGCUUCAUUAUGAGGUUUUUUUUUGUGUAACGAGUGAGAGUGUAUUAUUUCCCUUGAUCUAUACAUUGUGCACACCAUACAUUUAAAAGCCAAAGGAGUUACAUUGUAUGUAGGAUUAUCCUAGAUUUUCUAGACUGUAUACAAACAUAGUCUACGAUUUUAUAUAUGAAUCCUCAGAUUGAAACCUAGUUGAAAUUAAAGAAACAGAGGUAUGAAGCUUUAGGACAUUGCUUGUGCUUGAAUGUAAUAGAGUCUCUGUAAUAAGGUCGAAAGUAUACAAAGCUGGAUGUGAAGUACAAUUCUCCGUGGCAACCUCUCAUAAACUAUUUAUAUGCAUCAGCCUCUCGAGAUUUUGCACUCAAAACGGUUUCAGAAUCAUGUAUAAAACUAUAUCACCAAGUGCAUGGAACAAAAGAUUCACGAAUCCUCUCUAUAAUUGGUUUCAUAAAUGGCACUUAGGCACAUAUCAUUUGUAGAAGACCUACAUAUAAUAAUCAUCACAUCUUCACCAAAAUACUACUCAAUAAUUGAUGAAAAAAUAUACUACUAAAUGAUUUAACAAAUAGCACCACACCGCCUACAAGGAUCCAAAACCGAGAAUGGCUCUACAAGAUUUCAUAUGAGAGAAGUUAUAGCUAGUGUUCAAUAUCUGAAGCAUAACGCUGAGACUUCAAUAUGAAUUACUAAAUGAGACUAACACGAUGGACACAGGCACAAGUGAUGUUAUAGAGGAGAGCAUCAGCAAGCAGAGACUUCUCUUGGUGAUAAACAAACAAAAUCAAUCCCACGUGCGUGUAUAUAUUAGGUUUUGGUUUCGGUGUCGGUGAUCAGCUUUUUAAUUUAUUAUUUUUUAUUUUUAUAUAAAAGUUAAACAAACAAAAUCAAUCCCACGUGCGUGUAUAUAUAUAUAUAUCCUAAUUAAAUCAAAACCCUCAACGAUAGCCAAAAGCGUUGUUGGUGUAGUUUCAAAGGGAAAAAUAUGUUAAGGCAGCUUUUAUCAGGUUUCAGCUCAAUUCAUGUUGGUUUGCAGGUGGGAUAUUUGAUUUCGAUACUAAUAGAAAAAGGGAUUCCGAUACUGUUAGAACAAACAUCCCGACGAUUCCCAAAGAGAAAAGUCAAAAGUUUUGGGGUAGAAGACAGGAUAAGUGCGUUACCAGACGAUUUGCUUGUGCGGAUAUUGUUGCUUGUGCCAACAAAAGAUGCCCUGGCUACUAUGAUUUUGUCAAAGCGAUGGCGGUCUAUUUGGACGAUGGUGCCAAAGCUCGACUACUUAGAGAUGAUCAGUGAUGAUACUAACAAAGUAGUUAUUGGCGGUUUACUUGGUCGUUUACUGGAGCGAUUUUUUGGCAGAAAUGAUCAGAAACGACUGUGGCUUUUGCGGUUUAUUGACGAGUCAUUACAAGCCCAUAAGGCACCUGUUUUAGAAGCAUUAGCUAUAGGAGUCGAUAGAGGACGUCACGUUGAUGUUGUUGAUGUUGGAAAUUGGAUUAAAAAAGCGGUUCAUAGUAGAGUGCGUGAGCUAGGGUUUAUUCUCAGAUGGUCCGCGGAGCCUACUAGGUUACCUAAUAACCUUUACACAUGUGAUACACUUGUUUCUCUAGGUCUUUCCAACAAGAUUCUUGUGGAUGUUCCUUCUCCAGCAUGCCUCCCAUCCCUCAAAUAUCUUAUACUUGACUCUGUGGUAUACAAAGAUGAAGAUUCUUUGGCUCGAUUCUUGUCGAGUUGUCCUCUUCUCAAAACUUUGAUUGUGGAACGACACCACCAAGACAACGUAAAAGUUUUCAAUAUAAAAGCCCCAUUUUUGGUGUUUUUAUCAUAUCAUUAUGUGAAACUAGAACCACAUGGCGAAGCAAUUGAGGGAAGUUUAGUAAUAGAUUCUCCGGCUUUAAAGAAAAUCUUCAUCACAGAUCACUCGAGAGACUCUUACUCGAUCGAAAACGAACCUCGCCUUGAGAAGGCAAAUAUCAACUUCCGUUGUUAUCCUGAUGACAGGUUUAGGACAUCUCUUUCCUCAGUCAUGUGUCUCGAAUUAGUUUUGAGCUUUGCAACGGUAUGUGGUGCUCUUUUCAGUUUCAUCCUUUUUAUUUUCUUCAUUGGCAUUGUUGUUACUUACCUGAGAAAGAACAUAUGCAUAAACACAUCUAGGGGUUUUACUUAUGUGUUGUUGUGUUCAUUGCAGUUUUCCUGGUUUAGCACUAUUGGCUACUCUUAUCUUAUGGAGUGUAAGAUAAUACUUGUACACGAUUUAGACUGGUUACAACCACUAAUGUUUUUGCUUCAGAAUUCUCCUAAUCUAAAAGUUCUUCUCAUCGACAAGACAUUCAUUCAAGUUGCGGAGGAGUUGCCGCUUUCAUGGAACCAACCAAGUUCUGUUCCCGGAUGUUUGUCAACCCAUCUAGAGAUCUUUGAGUGGAGAGAAUACAAAGGAAGAAACGAAGAGAGAGAAUUCAUAAACUAUAUCUUUGCUAACUCUAAGUGUUUAAAGAGAGCUGGAUUCUCUCUGAAAUCAACCGGCAACCAUAAAGAUAGAAAGAAUAUGAAAGAUUUGGAGUCUAUGUAUAGGGUUUCAACAUCAUCCCAGCUUCUAUUUUCCACUCAGGUGGAAUAUAUGAGUGUUUCAGGUGAAACAAGGGAGUGAUUUUAUUUCAUAUGGUUCAUGUGUGUUUGCCAUUAGUCAAGUGGUUUCUUCUAAUCAUUUUGUUGUAUGAAACCAACUAAUUUUAUUUUAUUAUAUUGUCCAUGUUUGUUUGCCAUUAGUCAAGUGGUUUCUGUUAAUCAUUCUGUUGUACUAAACCAUCAAAUAUAUCGGGAAGAAGCACACAUUGACUUUGUGGUGUAAGUAUUGUAUAUCAAAUCAUUGGUGUUCAUACAUGCAGUGUGUGUAUAUACAGUAUACACUUCCAACAUAUGAUACAUCUAGAGUCUAUAGAUUCCGUGUUCCAAAGUAUCAGAUUUUGAA